UAAAUAAAACAAUUUUUGAAAACAUUUAAAUAUUUAUAUUACUAUUUAUUAACAAACCAACAAUUUGUAUAAAAUGCCGAUAUUGUUUUCUGCAAGCAGAAGCAUCCUAAUUUUUUACGUUCUCUUCUGUUGUGCUUGCAUUAUCAAUGGUGCGGUUGUUCAUAAAACCUAUUCUCAUGGGACUCACGAACAUACAAAUUUGAAUAAGGAACGCGAAAGUGAUGGGGCAUAUUCACCAAGAGAAACACAGCAUUACGAUGAAGAUGGUGCGCAUCAUGAAGACUUUGAUCACGAAGCCAUACUAGGAAGUGCCAAAGAAGCUGAGGAAUAUGACCACUUGCCACCUGAAGAAGCCAAAAAAAGAUUAGCCAUCCUAUUAAAGAAAAUGGACUUGACAAAUGAUAGUUACAUUGAUAGACAAGAGUUGAAAGCUUGGAUAUUGAGGUCGUUUAGAAUGUUAUCAGAAGAAGAGGCAAACGAAAGACUGGAAGAUUGCGAUGAUAAUCAUGACGGAAAAGCUUCUUGGACUGAAUAUUUAUCAGACACUUAUGGCGUAGAUUCCGACUCUGAUGAUUCGCUCAAGUUUCACGAAGAAAACUUACAUUUAAUCUCAGAAGACAAAGAAAUGUGGGAUGCUGCCGAUAGAGACGGCGAUGGCCUGUUGGAUUCUCAGGAAUUUGUAGCGUUUGCUAAUCCAGAAGAGCACCCCAACAUGUUACCUUUAAUUUUGAAUCAAACUUUAAGAAAUAAAGAUAAGGAUAAUGAUGGAGCGAUUAGUUUUCAAGAAUAUAUUGGCGACAGAGGCACCGAGCUGGACAAAGAUGCCUUGAAGGCAGAAAAAGAUAAAUUUGACCAGGAACAUGAUAAAAAUAAAGAUGGGGUGCUGACUGGGCAGGAAAUAUUGAGUUGGAUUGUACCAAGUAAUGAGGACAUUGCAGACGAAGAAGUUCUACACUUAUUUGCGCACAGUGACGAUGAUCAUGAUGAUCUUUUAAGUUUUGACGAAGUCCUUGAUCACCAUGAAACUUUUGUCGGUAGCGAGGCUACUGAUUAUGGUGAUCAUUUGCACAAUAUUCAUCAGUUUGACGACGAAUUGUGAUUAUUUUCACUUAGAUAUUUUGUUUACAGAAUUUGGUAAUCAUGUAGGAGUUGAUCUAUUUCACCAUUUUCAAGUUAUUCACGAUCAAAUCCAGUGUCUUCCUACGGGUAUUCAAUUGCUCUCUUUUCUAGAUUUUAAGUUUACUUAGCUUUACCGUGUAUAGUCAAUGUGGGUAAUUGGAAACAGAGAACUGAUCAUAUAUUGGACUUUUUUAUAUCUUAGCUGAAGUUUUUUGAUUACCGGUUCUGGUUUUUUCCUUAGUAGAAUACAUUGUUUGUGAUUUAUUUAUUUUUGUGUUAGAAUGUGUGCCAUUUGUAAAUUUUAUUAAUGUAAAUUAAAUAUAUUAUUGACUGAUAUGGGGUUUCAUUUGAAGUUUUGUUAUCAAGAUUAAAUAAUAAAAACAUACCUACUAUAACUAAUAGACAGCAACAAAUAAAUAUUUAUUUAUAAAUAACAAAUGUAUGUAUAUACAGGAGUCAAAUACAUGAGUUUUAAAUAUUAUUGGCUCCUAAUUAAAAAUGUAAUGUAAUGUUAAAAAAUAAAGAAUAAUUGUUUGACAAAAAUUUAUACAAUAUACAAUAAUAAUAACAUUUACAACUAUAAAUUUAGAUCCCGUUAAAAAAAAAUUCGCUAUUUUAGACAGAAAAAGUACUUUGUUCAAUAAUAAUUGUCUACUUAACAAUUUAGGAGAUUGGAAACCUGCAAUUUGCGAUUAGUGAAGCUACUUUCAAGGGCAUUUCGAAAUUGAUGUCUAACUUGGCGUCGCGCGCCAAACUGACGAUAUUCGACAAUUUAACCGCUAACCUGGCUGCUUCGUCCAGGUUGUCUACCGGCAAAAUCUUCAAUCCCGAACUGGCGAUCAAAACUUUCGCGUCGUCAACAUUGGUGCCUUGUAGCCGACAAACUAUUGGCAUUUUGAGACUGAGUUCUUUAGCGGCAGCGAUGAUGCCUUCGGCGAUCACGUCGCACCUCAUGAUUCCACCGAAAAUGUUGACCAGAAUUGCGUGGACCUAAAGAUAGGAAAUUUUAGCACAGCAGAUAUUUGAUUGAAUGGAACAAGCGCUUUCUGGUUUCUUGAUAAGAAGUGCUUCUUUGAUUCGU